AUGCCGCGCCUUUUCGGUCAUAAGCAUCUGCUGCAGUCUAUCCUAGAGGAAUUGGAGCCGGUCUCGCCAUUCGUUCCAAUGUUCCCACAGCCCUCCUCCUCCUCUCCCUCCACAAUCACGAAUCAACUGACACCUCACACGAACAGUACCGCGGCUCGUGAAGAGGCUCUGAAACAGCUCCUCAGCGACUUUGACAGCGACAAGGACGGAAAACUAACGCCAUAUGAACUAAAACUCGUGUCCGAGAGUUUUGCCAUCCCCUUCAUGGAGGAUCUCUUCAAGAUGGUAGACAAAGACGGUUCGGGCAGCCUCGACAUCACGGAAGUCAAAAGUCUGUUCAGCAUGCUGGGCCUCAGUUCGGAAGAUGAAGAGUUACGAAAAAUCUUCGAGCAUUUGGAUGUUAAUAACGACGGCACUCUAGAUGAUACGGAGUUUUUUGGACUUGUAAAAUAUUUGAUGCGGCGAGAAUAA